AUGCGGCGCUACGGUCGCGCACUGACGCUGUGCACGGUGUUCGCCGUCGUCUCGGGCCUGUACGUGUACAACAAGCUGCUGGACACCGACCCGUCCGGAGGAGGAACCGGGCCGAGGAGCCGCCUCGUCCCGGUGCCUGGACCCCGACGAGGGGCCGCGGAUCAGACCGGGCCCCGGAACCUCCACUGGUACAGUUUGUACGUCAUGCGUCAGCGGGGUCAGGCGGAGGCUGGCGGCAGCGUCCAGAGCCGACCCAAACCCCCCAUGCACCUGGCUGUGGUGGCCUGUGGGGAGAGGCUGGAGGAGACCCUCACCAUGAUCAAGUCCGCUGUGCUUUUCAGCAUCAGACAACUCGAGCUGCACAUCUUUGCUGAAGAUCAGCUCCACACCAGCUUCAUGGAGGCUUUGGCGUCGUGGCCUGGAUUUAUCCGCUCCAGGUUCAAGUACACGGUUUACUCCAUCAGCUUCCCCAGUGACAACGCAGCCGAGUGGAAGAAACUCUUCAAACCCUGCGCUUCUCAGAGGCUCUUCUUACCCCUGAUCCUCAAGGACAUCGACUCGGUCGUGUACGUGGACUCUGACAUCCUCUUCCUGCAGCCCGUGGACCGACUGUGGGCGUUCCUGCCCCGCUUCAACUCCUCCCAGUUGGCGGCCAUGGCCCCCGAGCACGAGGAGCCCCGCAUCGCCUGGUACAACCGCUUCGCCCGCCACCCUUACUACGGCAGGACGGGCAUCAACUCGGGGGUCAUGCUCAUGAACAUGACCAGGAUGAGGAACACGUUCUUUAAGAACGACAUGACGUCUGUGGGGCUGCGCUGGGAGGAGCUGCUGAUGCCUCUGCUCCAGAAAUACAAACUGAACAUAACCUGGGGGGACCAGGACCUUCUCAAUAUCAUUUUCCACCACAACCCUGAGACGUUGCUGGAGUUCCCGUGCAAGUGGAAUUACCGUCCCGAUCAUUGCAUCUAUGGCAGCAACUGUGCGUCGGCCGAGGAGGACGGCGUCUACGUGCUGCACGGAAACCGAGGGGUGUACCACGACCACAAGCAGCCCGCCUUCCGAGCCGUGUACGAGGCCAUACGAAAAUUUCCGUUUGGUGCCGACCCGGUGACGUCUUUGCUGGAUCCUCUAGAAGAGGAGCUGUUGAAGACGACCCACACGUACUGUGGUAAAUCCUAUGCACUCUUCACAAAGACACUGGCACAAAGCCUGGCAAAUAUCAACAGAAAGGCUCCGCGUGGACGGUGACAGAAAAAUGAAAGACAAGACGGGACAGCGGCCAAUAGGAUUUUUUAACAAGCCCAGCCACCAAGAUAAGGAAAAUGUCUUUUUGUGGCUGAACAUCCUUCCUUACGCCCUUGUGGAGGAAAUUGAACUCCCCCCAAAUCGAUUGAAGCUCUCCUGCUUUGAACAGCACGGCGUCUGACUGAUGUGCAAAAACCCAGCCACUAAAGCUUGAACUGGCACUGGUUCCAAAAAA